ACCCCAGGACUGAUGUGUGUGUUCGGAGCCCAGCUGCAGUUCUGUUUGUAUCGUUGGCGCCUGUCGUUUGUUGUUUCCUACAUAAAAUGGACACGCUCACCAAGCUGAAACAAUUUGACGCCUAUCCCAAAACUCUGGAGGAUUUCCGAGUGAAGACGUGGGGCGGUGCGACCGUGACAAUCAUCAGUGGCAUCUUCAUGUUAAUCCUCUUCAUUUCAGAACUGCAGUACUAUCUCACGAAAGAGGUUCACCCUGAACUGUACGUGGACACUUCUCGAGGAGACAAGCUGAAGAUCAACAUCGACAUCAUUUUCCCUCACAUGCCUUGCGCCUAUCUCAGCAUCGACGCCAUGGACGUGGCAGGCGAGCAGCAGCUGGACGUCGAGCACAACCUCUUCAAGCAGCGGCUGGACAAAGACCUAAAGCCAGUCACCCAAGAGGCAGAGAGACACGAACUUGGGCAAGCUGAUGACGGCGUGACGUUUGACCCCAGCACACUUGAUCCAAAUCGCUGCGAGAGCUGCUAUGGCGCAGAAACGGACGAACUCAAAUGCUGCAACACUUGUGACGACGUGCGGGAGGCGUACCGUAGGCGAGGCUGGGCUUUCAAGAGCGCCGACACCAUUGAGCAGUGCAAGAGAGAGGGCUUCACGCAGAAGAUGCAGGAGCAGAAGAACGAAGGCUGUCAAGUGUACGGCUUUCUGGAAGUCAACAAGGUGGCAGGAAAUUUCCACUUUGCUCCAGGAAAGAGUUUCCAGCAGUCACACGUUCACGUGCACGCUGUGGAAAUUCAUGACCUACAGAGUUUUGGGUUAGACAAUAUCAACAUGACCCAUCUGAUAAAACACCUGUCGUUUGGGAAGGAUUACCCCGGCAUUGUGAACCCUCUGGACGGGACACAUGCCAUGGCACCACAAGCAUCAAUGAUGUACCAAUAUUUUGUGAAAAUUGUUCCCACCAUUUAUAUGAAAACUGAUGGAGAGGUUGUCAAAACCAACCAGUUCUCAGUUACCAGACAUGAAAAAGUUGCGAAUGGCUUAAUAGGUGACCAGGGCUUGCCUGGUGUAUUUGUUUUGUAUGAGCUGUCACCUAUGAUGGUAAAAUUGACUGAGAAGCACAGAUCCUUCACUCACUUCCUGACCGGGGUGUGCGCCAUCAUCGGGGGCGUUUUUACAGUGGCGGGUCUCAUCGACUCGCUCAUCUACCACUCUGCUCGCGCCAUCCAGAAGAAGAUAGAGCUGGGCAAAGCCUCCUAAUGACGCCCCAUCCGCUCCUGCUGGCCUCUGUGUGGCGCGACCCCGAGCGCAACGCUGGUGGACGGAUGGACGGGCUAGCGCGAGGCAGGCAGAGGACCGAACAUCUUUGUGUCUUGAGUUGUGCAGAGACGAAAAUACAAAGAAAGGCGUUCAGCAUCAGCCGGGUCCUCCGUCUUCCUUUUUGGUUCGUGGAAGGACAACGUCUACCCCUUGACGGGACAGACAAACUGCACCUCAACUAACUGAACACAGGAUGGCGCUGCCAUUCAGUCAUCCUCAUGGAAUCUCCUUUUUGUCCUAUGGCUGUGUUCCUUUUUUGUGUUCUGUCUUGUGUCACCUUGACGUUGGUAUCUAGAUGACGUCAGUGGUCAUCUCAACAUGCGUUUGCAAAUGAAAGUUGUUCAUUUUUAUUGCCACUUACCAAGAGAUCGCCCAAAAGUAUCAGAACAGCAAGUGUAAAGUUGUGUUAAAGGCUGCACAGAAGAACGAGGGGAGCGCGACAGAACACCUCAUGUUAAUUGUUUGAAUUAGGGCUGCUUCUCUUCUUCUUAAGGGUUCUGCUGAUUUAAUGUUAAUUCUCCUUGAGGGACACUACAGAAAAAUUCUUUCAUUUUAGUCACAACACUUUUAGCGUUUCUAUUUUUCUACUUGGUCCAAUAAAGCAGUGAAGACCUCCUCCUCCAGCUGUGACACAAUGUUGUCUGAAGAACGUCUGAAUGAUGUCCAAUGGUUGUACAAUUUUGUACAGUGAAAAUCAGGGGUGUGGGUGUGUGUGUGUGUGUGGAAAAAUGUAUUUAUAUAUUGAUUGUCCUCACUGUUUUUUUAAAUGGCAGACAAUAAAUGUGACUCUGAUCAACUU